GAUUCGUCGAUGCGUGAAUGUGGUAGUGGGGACUGAAUGUAUGAGAAGAUGAAGGGAGAAACACAGGCGAGCCGUGGUUAGGGCUCGUAAUGUCAGCGGGACCUCUAAGCAGACCUUGUUGAGCGGAAAAGAGAGAAAAGGCGUGCGUGUGAGGAUGCUUUGACUCUAUCGGCAGUGGAACGAAAGAAAAACAAAGGCGAAUCGACUGUCUCAGACGUCAGCGACAGUGUUUUGUUAUUGUGUGUCACCCGCGUUUGUGCGGUGUGUAAGUACUAACAGGAAUAUACAUUAAAGAUGGUUGAUAAAUCUGAUAAAAUACGAGGCACAUUCUACUCGUGAACUUCAUUUCUAAAUGACAAGAUCGAAAGGAAAUUUAAAUGUGAUGCGACUGUGCGUAGAAAUCCGCUUGCUGAAGAAACGAGUGUCGUUUAAUGUUGUGAUAUUUGGAAUACGAACCACUGCAUUCUUUGAGGACACAAUCUACUAAAGGAAAAAUCAUAAUUACGCGUAAUACUAAUUUGAAAAUUUGUAAUUGGAAAUCACGUUUGACUGGUGUUGGGAAUUCUGAUAAACUCUUAACAUAACAUUAUACCACAUUUGUGAGAUAGUUCUGUGCAUAAGUGUGUUAAAAUUCAAAGUUGUAACCCCUAUCAUUGUUUCUGAAAAUAACAACGCCAGAUGUGAAACACAGCAGGUCGUAAUUAACAAAAUUAAAUUAAAUUUAAAGACCCCCCCCCCCCGGCCCACCCCCUGAGCGUUAUAAAGAAGUAUCCCGCCCUUAAAACCGAAGUUUCAAGAUAUAAUUUCGAGAUACAACAUCACCAGCGUAAAAAUAUUAUGACUUUGGUUAUGGACAGACAUUUCAAUCCGCCGCCCCAAAAUUUCUCUACCCAAACUCAGGAUCCAACAACAACCAGUGACUUGGGGCAUCUUUUGUCGCGGAUGUGCGCUGCGGGUGCCCUAGUGCCAGGAACACAGCCCUAUCUCCCCACAGCCGCCUCGAUCGGCCCGUCCCUUACAGCCUUCCAGUACGCGUUGCUACUACAGCAUCGUUACCAUAGUUACGCGAACAAUGGAUUGCUACAUCACCGAGUAGCCAACAUCUGCGUCUUCCGGCCUUCCGACGAUGUCAACGAUCCUGUCCGGGGGACAGGCGAUGACCGAGGAGGCUUCAGGAGACUCGAAAGGGAUACAGACGGAGUCCUGGCCAAUCCCGAUGACAGACAGGAUUCGGAAUCGACGUCGGGUAUGGACGACGUCGGAGGCGGAGUAAAGCGCCGUCGUUCGCGGACCAACUUCAACAGCUGGCAGCUGGAGGAGCUCGAGCGCGCCUUCCUCGCCAGUCACUACCCGGACGUGUUCAUGCGGGAGGCGCUCGCCAUGAGACUCGACCUCAAGGAGUCGCGAGUCGCGGUGUGGUUCCAGAACCGACGAGCCAAAUGGCGUAAGAAGGAGCACACGAAGAAAGGACCUGGACGCCCGGCACACAACGCUCACCCUCAGACGUGCAGCGGGGAGCCUAUCCCGGAGGAGGAGCUUCUGCGUAAAGAGCGGGAACGCCGCGAGAAAAAGCUCACCAAGUCACUGGAGCGACAGCAGCGCAAACUGGCGGCGAAAGGAAUCGCUGUCGACAUCGCCACCUUGCGGCGAGACUGGGAAGCUAAGCGGGAAAUGACGUCAUCGUCAGGCGCUACCAGAGGCGUCGGUCACGUGUCCGCUGACAGCAGCGUUACCACCGGAAGCCCGGAAAGUCAGCGUCGUCAAACUAACAACGACGACGAUGAUGAUGAUGAUGAUACAGAUAUUGACGUGGAAGAUGAUUCGACAAUGGACAAAAAUAUUUACCACGAAUCAGAAACGCGAUAUCAAGACGAAGUUAAUAUCACAUCGGAUGAGGAAUCGAAUUAUAUCGCUAUAAAUUCCACGCCAUCAGCAAUAGACGCCAAUGACAAACAAAGGAUAGCAACUCUACCGGGAUGUGACGCAAUUACUUAUCGUGACGACUCCAAGCGGAUGGCACAGGAACUAACAUCUGAAGGAAGAAAAUCGCCAAAUGAAACGUCGAGACCUUCCACGACGAAAAGAUCAAACUCGUUCAGCAUAGAAAGUCUUCUUUCUCAUGCGGAAGGGUACACGGACUAAUUUUUGUGUCGGAUAUGAAAAUAUUUUAUAGCAACUUUUAUAAAACGUGUUUUAAUUUCUUCAGUUCUAUUUCACAAGACCCACGCUUCUGAACAAAAACGCAAACUGGUUGGAGAAUAAGUUCCGGGAACGGCUUAAUCCCGCUUACCGUUUGUUAGAAAAUAUAUCAAAAGAUGUCCAGUGGACACGAAUUUAAAAUUUUACGUCUCACUUAACAACUCGUCAACUUUUAACGGGAGUUGAACUCCUCAAAGUCUGCGCAGAAUAGGUUUAGGAUAAUCGUCCCCGGGGCUAUUAACGAGACAGACUAUUUAUGUUUAGAACUAAGGAGUGCAAAGAAUCCUGAAUGAAGCCAGAAUCAGCCAAAGGACUCUGUUUAAACAAAGAGUCCUAUUAGGUGCGUACUAUCUCUUGUGUAGGUCCUUAAAAAAGGCUAUCUGUUUUAACGACUAUUAUUUAGUAUCGAUUAAUAUUUAUCGAAGGAGUAACGUUAAAAGCAAAAAUGUCGUCUUCAUCAAAAUCUUCCGAUGAUUAUUACGUCUUUAAAAAACUUUGAAAUACGAUGGAGAUUUCGCGAGAAUUUUUGGGCACUUGAAAUGCUCCUGUAAAUGCGGACCAAAAGUUUGUUCACAGCGGAUGAUGAAGGCCACAUCUCAGCAAGGGCAGGGCAUGGGCGCGAGGAAGGUGUAGCAUGUACCAUGUCCUCGGCAACAGUCCCGAUUAUCCGACAUAAUCUUGACAGACGGAUGUUCGGAUAAUCGAAAAUAUCAGUUAAUACAGAAGAUUAGUGAAAAAGACGAGGGUAGGCCUAUAUACCAAGUAAAUUCGUAGCCAGAAGAAAGGUCAUUACGGUGUCAAAUGACGAAACGUCGGAUAACCGGGGCUCUGUAUUUUAAUCAAGGUGUAACAAGGGUAAGUUUCCCGUACCAUUCGAAGGGCUACGCGCGGUCGACGUCAAACAAGAUUCCAGGUUGCCUUCAGCCAUCAAGGUCAAGUUGUCUUCGGUUCUGUGCCGCCGAUGGACUUCCGACGGCGUCACAGCAUAGGCAGAAGGCGACGCCAUGCGUCCUGCCCUAGGCCUCACAGGGACCUGACCUUCCAGUGCGAACAAACCACAAGAAAUUGAAGAUGCCGCGAAAAUGAAGGGAAUGAAAUAGGAAAUUAUAUUUUUACGCCGAAAUUUAACACAAUCUUCAUAGUAGUUGAGCAAAAUGUCUUGAACAGAAUAGCUUGAGUUCUAACGCGUGAAAUAUGGUAUUAUAACUACUCAGAAAUCUAAUCCUUGUAGAAUAUUUUUUUAAUUAUCGUUCUAUAUUUCCUUGCCUUUAAAAACUUUGGUUCCCAUAAUUUCACCAAUGGGUGUACAGAAAUUUAUACAAAAUAUCCGCUUACGUCUAACGCCACAACCUUGAAUCUGUUUCUCGCUGUAACUUUCAUCUUACUUCUUCAAAACCCAAAUUAAAUAGAUUUUUAUCAAUUAUGUACUCAAAGUUAUUCAACAUCCUACUCUUAAGGUUGACUGCAAAAACACACUAAAUUAUCUGAGGAAAACUAUUGUGGAUUUCCACCAAACAUAUCACCGACUGAUUAGAUAUUAUGCAUUUGUCAGACAGUGGACAAAAUGCAGUGUACAAUGGGACUCUAGGUCAUUAUAUAUAUAUUUACGAGUGUCAAGGAAGACUAUUUUUCAGCGAGGAGAAACACCAAAUACUACAAAACAUUCUCAUUGAAUUCAUUGUAAGUUUCCUCAUAGAACGUGACGAGCUAAUUAAAAUGUGUUUAAAAUAACGUAUAAUAAAGUCCGUUUAGAGAGCA